AGAGGCGCCUUAAGCCACUUAGGGUUCAGCCUAGUAACAGGGAGUGGGUGACGUUGAUUGCCGCUAUCAACGCCACAGGGCCUAGUAUUAUAACCCUCAGGAUUAGAGAAUAGGGGUUAGCGAUAAUAGAUAGACAACAAAUAAGCUUAGGCUUGCCUAGCUACAGCACUUUAUCAAGCACACAGAGGUUAAGAAAGUAGGUGGUUACAGACUACUAAUUCUCAAUGGCCACAAGAGCCACAAGUCACUCGCCUUCCAGGAUCUUUGUGAGGAGAACAAUAUUAUUACCCUCUAUAUGCCCCCUUACACCUCACACAUCCUUCAGCCGCUUGAUGCCUUCUUAAAGGAUAAUAUCCUAUCAAGCUUUAGAGCAACUAGCUUAGUUCCAGAUAACCUAGAGGUGGUGCUAUUAAGGCUUGAAGUGAAGCCUUGUACACUAACACCACCUUUACCCAGGACAAAUUAGGCUGCUUCUAAGCGUAAAAAGCGUAAGAAGAAGCGAAUACAGAAGGGGGGGACCCUAUCACAGGCAGA